AUGACAACUCUGGCUGGAGCUGUCCCCAGAAUGAUGCGACCAGCUCCCGGACAAAACUACCCUCGCAGCGGAUUCCCAUUAGAAGUGUCCACUCCUUUAGGACAGGGUAGAGUCAACCAGCUCGGUGGCGUUUUUAUCAAUGGCAGGCCACUACCCAACCACAUCCGUCACAAGAUAGUGGAGAUGGCCCACCAUGGCAUCCGGCCCUGCGUCAUCUCUCGGCAGCUACGAGUGUCUCACGGCUGCGUCUCCAAAAUCCUGUGCAGGUAUCAGGAGACGGGUUCCAUUCGACCGGGGGCCAUCGGGGGCAGUAAACCCAAGCAGGUGACAACUCCUGACGUUGAGAAGAAAAUCGAGGAAUACAAAAGAGAGAAUCCGGGCAUGUUCAGCUGGGAAAUUCGAGAUAAGCUGCUCAAAGACGCGGUCUGUGACCGAAACACCGUUCCCUCAGUGAGCUCCAUCAGCCGUAUCCUGAGGAGUAAGUUUGGAAAAGGAGAGGAGGAAGAUGCAGAAAUUGAAAGGAAGGAAGUGGAAGAGAACGAAAGAAAGACCAAACACAGCAUUGACGGGAUCUUGAGCGAAAGAGCUUCAGCACCUCAAUCUGAUGAAGGCUCCGAUAUUGAUUCGGAACCAGACUUACCACUAAAGAGGAAACAGCGUCGCAGUCGGACAACCUUUACAGCGGAGCAGCUGGAAGAGCUGGAAAGGGCUUUCGAAAGAACCCACUACCCCGACAUUUAUACCCGAGAAGAACUUGCCCAAAGAGCUAAGCUCACGGAAGCCCGAGUUCAGGUCUGGUUUAGCAACCGCCGGGCAAGAUGGAGGAAGCAAGCUGGGGCCAAUCAAUUGAUGGCUUUCAACCAUCUAAUUCCGGGGGGAUUCCCUCCUACGGCCAUGCCAACGCUCCCAACAUACCAGCUGUCGGAGACCUCGUAUCAGCCUACAUCAAUCCCACAAGCUGUCUCUGACCCCAGCAGUACAGUCCACAGACCUCAGCCUCUUCCUCCGAGCACUGUACACCAAAGUACGCUCCCAUCCAAUCCAGAGAGCAGCUCUGCAUAUUGCCUGCCCAGCACCAGACAUGGAUUUUCCAGCUAUACAGACAGCUUUGUGCCUCCAUCCGGGCCUUCCAAUCCCAUGAACCCCGCCAUUGGCAAUGGCCUUUCACCUCAGGUGAUGGGACUCUUGACUAACCAUGGUGGGGUACCUCACCAGCCUCAGACUGAUUAUGCUCUCUCACCUCUCACUGGAGGCCUAGAACCAACCACUACAGUGUCUGCGAGCUGCAGCCAGAGACUAGACCAUAUGAAGAGCUUAGACAGUCUGCCAACAUCUCAGUCCUAUUGCCCACCAACCUACAGCACCACAGGUUAUAGUAUGGAUCCUGUCACAGGCUAUCAGUAUGGACAAUAUGGACAAAGUGCCUUUCAUUAUCUGAAGCCAGAUAUUGCAUAA